GCCGAGCCGGGCGUGCGGGAAGGAGGAGGAAGAGGAAGGGCGAUGGCGGCGGCCGCGGCCGCGGGCGCGUUCAGCCUGCGGGAGGUUCUCGAGGCCUUCCAGAGGUGCGUGACGGAGCAGCGGGAGGUGCUGCUGGAGCCCUACCUGAGCGGCUGGCGGGGGCUCAUUCGGUUCCUGCAGAGCCUGGGCACCGUCUUCUCGUUCAUCUCCAAGGACGCGGUGGCCAAGGUGUCGCUGCUGGAGGGGCACUGCGGGGGCCGGCAGGGACAGCAGUACGUGUCGCUGCAGUCCAUGGUGCGCCACGAGCUGGCGGCGGGGCCGGCGGCGCUGCGGGCCCGCUCCGACUCCGGCUGCCGCACGGUGCUGCGGCUGCACCGCGCCCUGCGCUGGCUCCAGCUCUUCCUGGAGGGGCUGCGCUCCGGCGAUUCCCGCACCUCCGUGGUCUGCACCGACGCCUACAACGCCUCGCUGGCCGCUUACCACCCCUGGGUGGUCCGCAAGGCCGCCACCGUGGCGUUCUGCGCGCUGCCCUCCCGCGACGCCUUCCUGGAGAUCAUGAACGUGGGCCCGCGAGAGGAGGCCGUGGCUAUGCUGGGAGAGGCCAUCCCCUACAUCGGCGAUGUUUACAGCAUCACCCAGGAGCUCUUCGCACAGCACAAGCUGCUCGACCUGCCCUGACAGCGAGGGGGAGGCCACCGAGCCACGUUCCAGCAGGACCGGGAUGAGCCCAGGGUGAAAAUCACAUUUUCACAGAAGCACAAGCCUCUGACGCUGGUUAUUUCCACUUUUUCUUUCCAGCCUGGAGUUGAGGAGUUGGCCAAACUAUUCAGGAUGCCUCACUUUAUAAGGGAAAAAUGUGGACCAGUUCUUUUUUUACAUCUGUCAGUUUGUGUGUAGAGCUCUACAGUUAGAAAAAAAAAAAAAUCCACAUUAGGAUGAGCUGCUAAGGGAUUUUUUUGGUUGUUGUUGUUCCCAGCAAGGCUGGGAGGGGGGUGUUUUCCUUUUUAAGCUAAACUUCAGCAGCUUGUGUGCAUUUACAGCAAUAAUUCUGGCCUCGUGUGACAGCCCAGAGUUGAGCUGUGGUGUCUGAACACGUUUCUAUCCCAUGUGAGCUCACCUGGCCACUUUGGUUUAUACAAAAAUCCACCUCGGGGCUUUGCUGGAGAAUAUAAUCCUGAGCAAUGCACGUGGGAAAGGCAGCUCCUUUCCCUGUCACAGGCACCCCAUCACUGCUGCUCAUUCUGGGACCCCAGGAACUGAAGGAAGUGGGGGUGGAUGUUGCUACCUUAAGAGAAAGCUGGGCCUGGAGCAGGGAUCCAUCCAGCAGCACCUUCUCUGUGUGUCACAUCCCUGCCUGUUGAAUCCAUGCUUUUUGCACUUGGGAUGUGCAGCAGAUUUUAAUCUGUGCUGCACAAUCCCCUUUAUCCAGCCCAGGCUGCAGCCUGGAGCUGUUUGCCAGCCAUGCCUCUGAGUUGUGUUCUUAUGUGUUGAUUUUAUUUAUGAAUGUGUCAAAUGCCUACAAAAAAAACGAUUUCUCUGCCUCUCUGGGGGAAAAGCCACACUUGUACUGUAAAUCACUCCUUUGUGAUGCUUCUGGCUUCUACUGCAAAUCACCGGAAGAGCCAGAGGAUGUCAAAUGGGAUUUCCUGAGCUUUUGGAAAGCUGGAAAAGCACCCCAGGGUUAGUCCAGGAUGACAGGAACAGUCGGGGCGGUCCCACAGGGUGAUUGGCUCUUUUUGGCCUGAUGUAACACUGAAAAAUUCAGGAAAUCACUAUUACCUCAUGGAGCCUGGACUAACUCGACAUUAAAUGAUGCAAAUAA